UAAACUAGUAAAAUACUAGUAACUCGUCCCUGAUUCUAGUUUUUUGACUGAUACUGAGUCGAAAACUUUGCUUGAUAAAAUGCAAUUCCUUUAACUUUGAGUGGGUAAGUGAAAAUGUUGAUAAACUCGGGGGGCAAAUAGAUAAAUGAUCAUGUAAUAAAUUCCCUCUGCGAUUGGCGGCCUCACCAAACCAGUGAAACGAUGCUGCUCCUCGUACCGAUCGCCCGCGUCCCUUUCGCCUUCUCCCCGUCCCGCGCCGAGCUCGGCAAGACCUCCGGUGCCAGCCUCCGUGCCACCAGAUCCUCGAUUCCUGCUCUCCUUGGGUUGCGCGGAGGCAGCGAGAGGAGUUGCAGUAUCUUAUUCCGCCGUGAGGGACGGAGCAUCCGCCACUUCUCGGCGAGGAGCGCCGAGGCUCUUUGCGCCGACCGUGAAAUCAGGAAUGAUAAAUUUUUUGAAGUUGAGCUCACUGUUAGAGAUUAUGAACUGGAUCAGUUUGGGGUAGUCAACAAUGCUGUCUAUGCAAGAUAUUGUCAGCACGGGCGCCAUGAAUUACUUGAGACUAUCGGAGUUAGUCCAGAUGCAGUUGCUCGCACUGGAAACUCAUUUGCUCUUUCUGAUCUGCAUCUCAAGUACAUUUCUCCACUACAAAGUCGAGACAAAUUUGUCAUGAGGGUAAAACUUGCCGGGAUCUCAGCAGCUCGAAUCUAUAUCGAACAUUUCAUCUAUAAGCUUCCCGAUAUGGAGCCUAUUAUGGAAGCUUCUGCAACUGUUGUUUGUCUCAACGAAAAGAAUCACCCUACUCGUUUGCCGAGCGAAUUGUCAUCGAAACUACUACAAUUUUUCUCCGAAGUGGAUUAAGCAUCGAACUAGCACUGAAACCGACCGAUAGAGGAGCUCCACAACACAUUUGAAAUUGAGUUUAUUGAUGGCUUGUAUUUGAAAUUGAGCUACUUUAUGAAUUUGUAACCUUGCCUCACUAUCAUUGGAACUUCGACAUCAACGUGAAAUACAUUACAUUGUGCAAUUUUUCGCAUAAUAGAGAUUUCAGAAUAA